AUGCUACUGGGCAGGAGAAGGAGGGUGGUAAAGGGCCUGACAGGGCCACCCAGCUUGCUAGAGUCCUUGCAGGCUGCUUCUCUAAGAUAUGUCUCUAACACAUUCAUUUUUCAAUGUCAUUUCAGCGUUUCCCGGAGACUGGACCCCAAGGAGCCCCUCGGUAGCCAGAGAGCAGCCUCCCCAACCCCAAAGCAAGCUUCUGCUACUGCUCCUAGCCGCGAGAGCCCCCGGGAAACCAGGGCACAGGGGCCCGCAGGACAGGAGGCUGAUGGUCCCCGUAGGACGCUGCAGGUGGACAGCAGGACACAGAGAUCAGGGCGGUCCCCCUCUGUGUCACCAGACAGAGGCAGCACCCCCACAUCACCCUACUCCGUCCCCCAGAUCGCCCCUCUUCCCAGCAGCACCCUGUGCCCCAUAUGCAAGACCUCGGACCUCACUUCAACCCCCAGCCAGCCAAACUUCAACACAUGCACCCAGUGUCACAACAAGGUCUGCAACCAGUGUGGGUUCAACCCCAACCCGCAUCUUACCCAGGUGAAGGAGUGGCUCUGUCUCAACUGUCAGAUGCAGAGGGCUCUGGGAAUGGACAUGACCACUGCGCCUCGCUCUAAGAGCCAGCAGCAGCUGCACUCUCCAGCCCUGUCUCCUGCUCACUCCCCAGCCAAACAGCCCCUGGGGAAACCAGAGCAGGAGCGAUCUCGGGGCCCUGGGAGUCCGCAGCUGGGCUCCCGCCAGGCAGAGACAUCCAGGGCCACCUCAGUGCCGGGGCCUGCCCAAGCAGCUGCCCCUCUAGAGGUGGGGAAGGUGUCUCCUCAGCCCUCUUUCCCCACCAAGCCUUCCACAGCUGAGCCCAGGCCACCUGCAGGAGAGGCCCCAGCAAAAAGUGCCACCGCAGUGCCCUCUGGGCUUGGUGCCAGUGAGCAGACCCAGGAGGGCCUCACCGGGAAGCUCUUUGGCCUUGGCGCAUCGCUGCUGACCCAGGCGAGCACCCUCAUGUCUGUGCAGCCCGAAGCUGACCCCCAGGGCCAGCCUUCCCCCAGCAAGGGGCCCCCCAAGAUUGUCUUCAGUGAUGCCAGCAAGGAGGCUGGCCCAAGACCCCCAAGCUCAGGGCCUGGGCCAGCACCUGGAGCCAAAACUGAGCCUGGGGCUAAAAUGGGGCCUGGAUCUGGGCCUGGAACCCUGGCAAAGACCGGGGGGACAACCAGUCCAAAGCACGGCAAAGCAGAGCAUCAAGCAGCACCCAAGGCUGCGGCCAAGCCAAAGACCACGCCGAAGGAGAAGGCCACCUGCCCACUGUGCCAAGCCGAGCUCAAUGUGGGCAGCAAAGGCCCCGCCAACUACAAUACAUGCACUACCUGCAAGCUCCAGGUGUGCAACCUGUGUGGCUUCAACCCAACACCCCACCUGGUGGAGAAAACGGAGUGGCUCUGUCUGAACUGCCAAACUAAGAGGCUUCUGGAGGGCAGCCUGGGAGAGCAGACCCCCCUGCCACUGCCCACCUCACAGCAGCCCCCUAUAGGGUCUCCUCACCAUGCAGCUGGAUCAGUCCCUCAGAAACAGAAAGGGGCACAGGGGCUGGGUCAGCCAUCGGGCCCUAUGCCUGCCAAGGCCAGCCCCCUGCCCACCAAGGCCAGCCCUCAGCCCACCAAGGCCAGCCCCCUGCCCACCAAGGCCAGCCCCCUGCCCACCAAGGCCAGCCCACAGGCCAAGCCCUUUAAGGCUUCUGAAUCCAGCAAGACCCCAAGCAGUGCCCAGGAAAAGAAGACAGGAGUACCUGCUAAAGCUGAGCCCGUAUCGAAGCCACCUCCAGAGACAACCCUGCCUCCCGGGACUCCUAAAGUAAAGAGUGGAAUAAGGAGGAUUGAACGUGCCAGCCCUGCUGUCAAGGCUGUUCCAGAAGCCUCCAAGAGUGGAGAGGCAGAGGAGCCAGUGGGCAAGCCUUACUCUCAGGACCUGUCUCGGAGCCCACAGAGCCUCAGUGACACAGGCUAUUCCUCUGACGGCGUCUCCAGCUCCCAGAGUGAGAUUACCGGUGUUGUGCAGCAGGAGGUGGAGCAGCUGGACAGUGCAGGGGUGACAGGGCCACGCCCACCCAGCCCCUCAGAGCUCCACAAGGUGGGGAGCAGCAUGCGGCCUUUGCUGGAGGCCCAGGCCGCAGCCCCCAGUGCAGAGCGGAGCAAACCACCCGGCAGUACCACCAGUGAGGAGCAGAAGCGGCGGCCCCACUCCUUGUCCAUUAUGCCUGAGGCCUUCGACUCUGACGAGGAGCUGGAAGAUAUCCUGGAGGAGGACGAAGACUCUGUGCAGUGGGGGCGCCAGCAGGAGCAGCGGGACACAGCUGAGUCCUCAGAUGACUUUGGCAGCCAGCUGAGGCACGACUAUGUGGAGGACAGCAGUGAAGGCGGCCUGUCUCCACUUCCACCCCAGCCCCCACUGCGGGCAGCGGAGCUGACGGAUGAGGAGUUUAUGCGACGACAGAUCCUAGAGAUGAGCGCUGAGGAGGAUAACCUGGAGGAGGAUGACACUGCUGCCCCAGGGCGUGGCCUGGCCAAGCAUGGCACUCAGAAGGGUGGCACCAGGCCCAGAGCCGAGCCUGGUCAAGAGCCAGCAGCACUGCCCAAGAGGCGCCUGCCCCACAAUGCCACCACGGGCUACGAGGAACUGCUCUCAGAGGGAGGGCCUGCAGAACCCACCGACAGUGGCGGGGCCCUGCAGGGCGGGCUGCGCCGCUUCAAGACAAUUGAGCUCAACAGUUCAGGCAGCUACAGCCAUGAACUAGAUCUGGGCCAAGGCCCUGACGCCAGUCUAGACCGGGAGCCCGAGCUGGAGAUGGAGAGCCUGACAGGCUCACCUGAGGACCGCUCCCGUGGAGAGCAGUCCUCCACACUGCCUGCCUCCACACCCAGCUACACCUCGGGCACCUCUCCCACCUCCCUGUCCUCGCUGGAGGAGGACAGCGACAGCAGCCCGAGCCGCAGGCAGCGGCUGGAAGAAGCAAAGCAGCAACGCAAGGCCCGGCACCGCUCGCACGGGCCCCUGCUGCCCACCAUUGAGGACUCCUCAGAGGAGGAGGAGUUGAGGGAGGAAGAGGAGCUGCUGCGUGAGCAGGAGAAGAUGCGCGAGGUGGAGCAGCAGCGGAUCCGCAGCACAGCCCGUAAGACCCGGCGUGACAAGGAGGAGCUAAGGGCCCAGCGGCGCCGUGAGCGCUCCAAGACACCACCCAGUAACCUGUCGCCCAUCGAGGACGCGUCCCCCACAGAGGAGCUGAGGCAGGCCGCUGAGAUGGAGGAGCUCCACCGCUCCUCGUGCUCCGAGUACUCACCUUCACCCUCGCUUGACUCAGAGGCUGAGGCCCUGGAUGGUGGCCCCAGCCGGCUGUACAAGUCGGGCAGUGAGUACAACCUGCCCACCUUCAUGUCCCUCUACUCCCCCACUGAGAUGCCCUCGGGCAGCUCCACCACUCCCAGCUCCGGACGACCCCUCAAGAGUGCAGAGGAGGCCUAUGAGGAGAUGAUGAGAAAAGCUGAACUGCUCCAGAGGCAGCAGAGCCAGGUGGGGGGCGCCCACGGGCCCCACAGUGGCCCCUCUCAGCCCACAGGCCCCCGAAGUCAGGGCUCCUUUGAAUACCAAAAGGCCUCAGAUCAUGACUAUGGCAGGGCAGCUCAGCCUGCCCCCGAGGGCACAGCAGCCAGCCUGGGAACAGCUGUGUAUGAGGAGAUCCUUCAGACAUCACAGAGCAUAGCCCGCAUGCGGCAGGCCUCCUCCCAGGACAUGGCCUUUCCUGAGGACAAGAAGCAGGAGAAGCAGUUUCUGCAUGCUGACAGUGCAUACAUGGACCCAAUGAAGCAAAAUGGUGGCCCACUUACCCCUGGCACUAGUCCCACCCAGCUCGCUGCCCCUGUGUCUUUCACCACCUCCACCUCCUCAGAUAGCAGUGGGGGGCGAGUUAUUCCUGAUGUCCGUGUCACUCAGCAUUUUGCUAAGGAGCCUCAGGACCCCCUCAAGCUACACAGCAGCCCCGCCUUUCCUAGCUCAGCCUCCAAGGAGGUAGGCACAUCCUUCUCCCGUGGCUCCGGGACCCCAGCCACCACAGCUGUAGCUCCUUGUCCAGCCAGCCUGCCGAGAGGAUAUAUGACUCCAACCUCCCCAGCUGGCUCCGAGCGUACUCCUUCACCAUCUUCCACAACCUAUAGCUAUGGACAGAGCCCAACCACUGCAAACUACGGGUCCCAAACCGAGGAGCUCCCCGAGGCCUCCAGUGGCCCUGCUGCAGGCAGCCGGGCUGCUCGAGAGAAAGCCCUGAGUGGGACUGAUGGCGAAGCUGGCCCUCCUCAUGCUUCCCGGGGGUAUUCCUACUUCGCCGGCUCUAGCCCACCUCUCUCCCCAUCUUCCCCCUCAGAGAGCCCCACAUUCUCUCCAGGGAAGCUGGGCCCAAGAGCCACAGCAGAGUUCUCUACACAGACGCCAAGCCCAACCCCUUCCUUAGAAAUGCCUCGGAGCCCUGGUACCCCUACCUCUACCUCUAUGGUAGCCCAGGGCACACAGACACCACACAGACCCAGCACACCUCGCCUGGUGUGGCAGCAGACUUCUGAGGAGGCUCCUUUUAUGGUCAUCACACUGGCAUCAGAAGCCUCCAGCCAGACCAGGAUGGUACAUGCCAGUGCCUCCACCUCCCCACUGUGCUCACCUACUGACAGCCUGCCCACCACCCACGGCUAUAGCCAGACAACGCCUCCAAGUGUGUCUCAGCUGCCCCCAGAGCCACCUGGCUUCCCACGGGCUCCAAGUGCUGGUGUAGAAGGCCCCCUGGCACUGUAUAGCUGGGGCACCCUCCCUGCCGAAAACAUUUCCCUGUGUCGGAUCUCCUCUGUCCCUGGAACGUCUAGAGUUGAGCCAGGGCCCAGGCCCCCUGGCAGUGCAGUGGUAGACCUCCGCACAGCUGUCAAGCCCACACCUAUCAUCCUUACCGACCAGGGAAUGGAUCUGACCUCUCUGGCCGUGGAAGCAAGGAAGUAUGGCCUUGCCCUAGAUCCCAUCCCAGGACGGCAGUCAACUGCCGUGCAGCCUUUGGUUAUCAACCUCAAUGCCCAGGAGCAGACCCAUGCCUUCCUGGGCACUGCCACUACUGUAAGCAUUACCAUGGCGUCCACUGUGCUCAUGGCUCAGCAGAAGCAGCCUAUGGUGUACGGAGACCCCUUCCAGAGCCGACUGGACUUUGGCCAGGGUUCAGGUAGUCCUGUGUGCCUAGCCCAGGUCAAGCAAGUAGAACAGGCUGUCCAGACAGCCCCAUAUAGAGGUGGAUCCCGGGGAAGGCCCAGGGAGGCCAAGUUUGCCAGGUAUAAUCUGCCCAACCAAGUAGCACCUCUGGCCAGAAGGGAUGUGCUAAUCACUCAGAUGGGAACCACCCAGAGUGUUAGCCUGAAGUCGGGUCCAGUGUCAGAGCCUAGUGCCGAUCCCCACCGGGCCAUUCCUGCAGAGCUGCGGUCACAUGCUCUGCCAGGUGCCAGGAAGCCACAUGCUGUGGUGGUGCAGAUGGGUGAAGGCACAGCAGGCGCUGUGACCACACUGCUCCCAGAGGAGCCAGCAAACGCCCUGGAUCUCACUGGGAUGAGGCCUGAGAGCCAGCUGGCAUGCUGUGACAUGGUCUAUAAGUUCCCCUUUGGCAGUAGCUGCACUGGUACCUUUCAUCCUGCGCCCAGUGCACCUGAGAAGAGCGUGGCAGAUACUGCCCUGCCUGGCCAAAGCAGUGGCCCCUUCUACAGUUCUCGGGACCCUGAGCCCUCUGAGCCCCCCACCUACCGAGCACAAGGGGUACUGGGCCCUGGACCCCAUGAAGAGCAGAGACCCUACCCACAAGGCCUCCCUGGCAGGCUGUACUCCUCCAUGUCUGACACCAAUUUGGCUGAGGCUGGCCUCAACUACCAUGCCCACAGGCUUGGGCAGCUCUUUCAGGGCCCUGGACGAGACUCAGCCAUGGACCUCAGUUCCCUGAAACAUUCCUACAGCUUGGGCUUUGCAGAUGGGCGCUACCUAGGUCAGGGCUUGCAGUACGGCUCAUUCACAGACCUGCGCCAUCCCACAGACCUUUUGACUCAUCCACUUCCCAUGCGGCGCUACAGCUCAGUGUCGAACAUCUACUCAGACCCAAGGUAUGGGCCACGGGGAGAUGCAGGCAGCCUCCAGGAAGCCAGCCUUGCCCAAUACAGUGCCACCACAGCCCGUGAGAUCAGUCGCAUGUGUGCUGCGCUCAAUUCCAUGGACCAGUAUGGUGGACGGCAUGGCAGCGGUGGCACUGGCCCUGACCUUGCGCAGUACCAGCCCCAGCAUGGGCCUGGGCUCAGUGCUCCACAGGGUCUGGCUCCCCUCAGACCUGGGCUCCUUGGUAACCCCACUUUCCCAGAGGGCCACCCAAGCCCAAGGAACCUGGCCCAGUAUGGCCCUGCAGCAGGCCAAGGAACAGCAGUUAGGCAGCUGCUGCCAUCCACAGCCACUGUGCGUGCAGCUGAUGGUAUGAUCUACUCAACUAUCAACACUCCAAUCGCUGCAACCCUGCCCAUCACCACCCAGCCCGCCUCAGUGCUGCGGCCCAUGGUACGUGGAGGCAUGUACAGACCUUACAUGUCUGGUGGAGCCACAGCUGUGCCACUCACCAGCCUUACACGAGUACCCAUGAUUGCCCCCCGGGUACCUCUUGGGCCAGCAGGGCUGUACCGCUAUCCUGCACCAAACAGAUUCCCCAUUUCUUCAAGCGUGCCGCCUGUCGAGGGACCAGUUUAUCUGGGGAAACCUGCUGCCAAGGCCCCAGGGGUGGGGGGCACCCCCAGGCCAGAGCUGCCAUCAGGGGCUGCCCGAGAAGAACCUCAUUCCACAGCUGCCCCUGCUGCUGUCAAGGAGUCUGUGGCAGCUCCGACCCCUGCCCCACCACCUGGCCAGAAGCCACCAGGAGAUGGUGCUGCUGCUGGAGGUGGCAGUGUGGCCCUUGCCCGGCCUGGCUUUGAGAAGGAGGAAGCAUCUCAGGAAGAGCGGCAGCGGAAGCAACAGGAGCAGCUGCUACAGCUGGAGAGAGAGAGGGUAGAGCUGGAGAAGCUUCGACAGCUGCGGCUGCAAGAGGAGCUAGAGCGGGAGAGGGUGGAGCUGCAGAGGCACCGUGAGGAAGAGCAGUUGCUGGUGCAGCGGGAAUUGCAGGAGCUGCAGACCAUCAAGCAUCAUGUGCUACAGCAGCAGCAGGAGGAGCGCCAGGCUCAGUUUGCUCUGCAGCGGGAGCAGCUGGCACAGCAGCGCCUACAGCUGGAGCAGAUCCAGCAGCUACAGCAGCAGCUGCAGCAGCAGCUAGAGGAGCAGAAGCAGCGGCAGAAAGCCCCCUUUCCUGCGACCUGUGAGGCCGCCGGCCGAGGGCCCCCCCCAGCUGCCCCUGAGCUGGCCCAGAAUGGCCAGUACUGGCCACCACUGACCCACACUGCUUUCCUUGCUGUGGCAGGGCCUGAGGGGACUGGGCAGUCCCGGGAGCCCAUGCUGCACCGGAGCCUCCCUAGCUCUGCCUCAGACCUGUCACUGCAGACUGAGGAGCCGUGGGAGGCAGGCCGCAGUGGCAUCAAGAAGCGGCACUCCAUGCCCCGCCUGAGGGAUGCUUGUGAGCCAGAGUCAGCACCCGAGCCCUACGUGGUCAGGAGAAUUGCAGACAGCAGUGUGCAGACAGAUGAUGAGGACGGCGAGGGCCGGUAUCUCCUGACUCGACGGCGCAGGACCCGGCGGAGCACCGACUGCAGCGUGCAGACGGAUGACGAGGACAAUGCCGAGUGGGAGCAGCCAGUGCGCCGCCGCAGGUCUCGUCUUUCCCGGCACUCUGACUCAGGCUCCGACAGCAAGCACGAUGCCACUGCCGCCUCAUCCACUGCCGCCGCCACAGCUCGGGCCACGAGCAGCGUGGGCAUCCAGACCAUCAGCGACUGCUCCGUGCAGACGGAGCCCGACCAGCUGCCCAGGGUCUCUCCAGCCAUCCACAUCACAGCUGCCACUGACCCCAAGGUGGAAAUCGUCAGGUACAUCUCGGCACCAGAGAAGACUGGGCACGGGGAGAGCCUGGCCUGCCAGACGGAGCCCGACGGGCAGGCCCAGGGUGUGGCUGCGCCACAGCUUGUAGGUCCAACUGCCAUCAGCCCCUACCUGCCUGGCAUUCAGAUUGUCACCCCAGGGCCCCUGGGCAGAUUUGAAAAAAAGAAGCCAGAUCCUCUGGAGAUUGGGUACCAGGCCCACCUGCCCCUGGAGUCACUGUCCCAGCUUGUGAGUCGCCAGCCUCCCAAGUCCCCCCAGGUCCUCUACUCACCAGUCUCACCCCUGUCCCCACAUCGGCUCCUGGACACCACCUUUGCUUCCAGUGAGAGGCUGAACAAGGCUCAUGUGAGUCCCCAGAAGCACUUCACAACUGACAGCGCGCUCCGCCAGCAGACGCUGCCUCGGCCCAUGAAGACCCUGCAGCGGUCCUUGUCUGAUCCUAAGCCCCUCAGCCCCACCGCCGAGGAGUCUGCCAAAGAGAGAUUCUCCCUCUACCAGCACCAGGGGGGACUGGGUAGCCAGGUGUCGGCGCUGCCACCCAACGGCCUAGCCCGCAAGGUGAAGCGGACACUGCCCAGCCCCCCUCCAGAGGAGGCCCACCUUCCCCUGGCUGGCCAGGCCCCCCCACAGCUGUACGCAGCCAGCCUGCUGCAGCGAGGGCUGGUGGGGCCCACCACCGUCCCUGCCACCAAGGCCAGCCUGCUUCAGGAGCUGGACCGGGACCUGCGCCUGGUGGAGCAUGAGUCCACCAAGCUGCGCAAGAAACAGGCGGAGCUGGACGAGGAGGAAAAGGAAAUUGAUGCCAAGCUCAAGUAUCUAGAGCUGGGCAUCACACAGCGCAAAGAGUCUCUGGCCAAAGACCGGGGUGGGCGAGAGUGCUCACCCUUGCGCAGUCUUGGUGCACAUCGAGAUUACCUGUCGGACAGCGAACUCAACCAGCUGCGGCUGCAGGGCAGCACCACCCCCGCUGGCCAGUAUUCAGGCUUCCCGGCCACAGCCGCUGCACCGGCCACCCCCUCUGCCCCCACUGCCUUCCAGCAGCCCCGAUUCUCUCCUCCAGCCCCACAGUACCCUGCGGGCAGCAUCGGGCCAGCUCAGAAUGAACUCCCAGCCCCCCAGGUACCCACCUACCCUGGCCCCAGCACGUACCCAGCACCUGCCUUUCCUUCCAGCACCACUUACCCAGCCGAGCCUGGCCUGCCAAACCAGCAGGCUUUCUGCCCCUCAGGCCACUAUGCAGCCCAAACACCCAUGCCGACCACACAGAGCACCCUUUUGCCUAUCCCAGCUGACAGCCGUGCACCUCACCAGAAGCCACGCCAAACAUCGUUAGCUGACUUGGAGCAGAAAGUACCCACCAACUAUGAGGUGGUUGCCAGCCCUGUUGUGGCCAUGUCUUCAGCCCCCUCUGAAACCAGCUACAGCGGACCAGCAGUGAGCAGCAGCUAUGAGCAGGGCAAGACCCCCGAACUGCCCCGGGCCAGUGACCGAGGCAGUGUGAGCCAGAGCCCGGUCCCCGCCUACCCCUCUGACUCACAUUACACCAGUCUGGAGCAGAGUGUUCCUCGGAACUAUGUGAUGAUCGACGACAUCAGUGAGCUGACCAAGGACAGCACUGUUGCUGACAGCCAGCGGAUGGAGCCUUUGGGCCCAGGCAGCGGUGGGCGUCCUGGGAAGGAGCCUGGAGAACCAGGUGUCCUUGAGGGGCCCGCGCUGCCCUGCUGCUAUGCCAGAGGAGAGGAGGAAUCUGAGGAGGACUCGUAUGAUUCCCGUGGGAAGGCUGGCCAUCACCACCGGGGUGUGGAGAGCAACGGACGACCCGCUAGCACCCACUACUACAGUGACAGCGACUAUAGGCACGGGGCUCGAGGGGAGAGGUAUGGCCCGGGGCCCGUGGGGCCCAAGCAUCCCUCCAAGAGCUUGGCCCCAGCUGCCGUCUCCUCAAAACGAAGCAAACACCGGAAGCAGGGGAUGGAGCAAAAAAUCUCCAAGUUCUCACCUAUUGAAGAGGCCAAGGAUGUGGAGUCGGACCUGGCCUCUUACCCGCCACCUGCUGUGAGUAGCAGCCUGGCCUCUCGGGGCAGGAAGUUCCAGGAUGAAAUCACCUACGGGCUCAAGAAGAACGUGUAUGAGCAGCAGAGAUACUAUGGGGUGUCCAGCCGGGAUGCAGCAGAGGAAGACGACCGCAUAUAUGGGGGGAGCAGCCGGUCCCGGGUGGCAUCUGCAUACAGUGGGGAAAAGCUGUCCAGCCACGAUUUCAGUGGCCGAGGCAAGGGUUAUGAAAGGGAGGCUGUAGAGCGACUUCAGAAAGCAGGCUCCAAGCCCUCAUCCCUGAGCAUGGCCCAUGGCCGGGUACGGCCACCCAUGCGGAGCCAGGCCUCUGAGGAGGAGAGCCCCGUCAGCCCCAUGGGGCGGCCUCGGCCUGCUGGGGGCACACUGCCUCCUGGGGAUACCUGCCCACAGUUCUGCUCCAGCCACUCCAUGCCUGAUGUCCAGGAGCAUGUCAAGGAUGGACCUCGAGCCCACUUGUAUAAGCGUGAGGAGGGCUACGUCCUGGAUGAUUCCCACUGCGUGGUUUCUGACAGUGAAGCGUAUCACCUGGGCCAGGAGGAGACGGACUGGUUUGAUAAGCCCCGGGAUGCACGUUCUGACCGGUUCAGACACCAUGGGGGCCACGCAGUCUCCUCCUCCCAGAAGCGAGGCCCUGCCAGGCACAGCUACCACGACUACGAUGAACCCCCAGAGGAGGGUCUGUGGCCUCAUGAUGAGGUUGGUCCAGGCCGCCAUGCCCCAGCCAAGGAACACCGGCACCACAGUGAGCAUGGGCGGCAUGCGGGCCGCCAUGCUGGCGAGGAGCCGGGAAGGCGCGCUGCCAAAUCACAUGUUCGGGACCCAGGUCGCCAUGAGGCCCGGCCCCACCCUCAGCCGAGCUCUGCCUCAGCCAUGCUGAAGAAGGGUCAGCCUGGGUACCCAGGCCCUACUGAUUACUCCCAGCCAUCUCGUGCUCCAGCAGCAUACCACCACACCUCUGACAGCAAGAAGGGCUCCCGGCAGGCCCACUCUGGGCCUGCCGCACUGCAGCCAAAGCCAGAACCCCAGGCACUGCCACAGUUGCAAGGUCGGCAGGCAGCUCCAGGGCCACAGCAGUCACAGCCACCACCAUCCAGGCAGAUGGCCUCAGGGGCAGCACUGCGCCAGCCACAGAUGCAGCAGCAGCAGCAGCAGCAGCAGCAGCAGCAGCCAGGUCUCGGGCAGCAGCCUCCCCAGCAGGCCCCAUCGCAGGCCCGGCCACAGCAGCAGAGCCAGCCAACUGCCCGGGGCCCAGCCUCUGCUGCCAGCCAGCCAGCAGGGAAGCCCCAGGCAGGCUCCACGACAGCCACAGGCCCUCAGCCAGCAGGACCGCCACGGGCAGAACAGGCAGAUGGCUCUAAAGUGACGACCAAAACACCCCAGCAGGGGAGGGCUCCCCAGGCCCAACCAACACCAGGACCUGGACCUGCAGGCACAAAGGCUGGAGCCAGGCCUGGAGGGCCCCCGGGGGCUGCUCCUGGCCAGCCAGGUGCCGACGGGGAGAGUGUGCUCUCCAAGAUCCUCCCUGGCGGGGCAGCAGAGCAAGCCGGCAAGCUGACAGAAGCUGUCUCUGCUUUUGGCAAAAAAUUCUCCUCGUUCUGGUGACCUUGCCCAGCAGGAUUCUUGAAGACACGAAGACAGAUGAUGUCAUUGCUGUGGAAAAAUCUCUGGAGUCAAAGGCCUGGGCGCAGCUCUGGACUCUGCGUAUAACACAUCUACAAUCUGGCAAACCCUGGGCCCAAAGACUCACAGCAAGUGUGCUGUGGCAGGCAGGACUCAGUUGAGGACAGGAUGUCUCCUAACGGCCGCUGCCUGGGUGGAGCAUGUGCUGGAGAAGUUGGGACCAUUGGCCUGGGGGGUCUUUGUCUGUCCAGACACUGUCUUCCUCAGCCAACUGUCAUGGGGAGGGCCGCGCUCUCUCCAGAGCCACUGCAGCUGUCUGUCGCUCUCCCUACAGCCCACCAGGCCUCCAGUGCGUUAUACACAGAGUUUGGGAGCUCACUGCCCUCCUUCCAAGAUGCCAGAAGUUUUUCCACAGCCUUGGAGAGGGGCUUUGACUGGGCGCCUUGCGUUCCGUUUCCUUCACAUUCCAGCUGGCUCGGAUCCUUCCGUACCCGCAGGGCCCUGCUCCUUCACCCUGCCCUAGGGUGACAGUGGAGCAGACCUCCAGUGGCCAGCACAGGGUUGGGAGAACUUUACAAACACUAGGACCUAACACUGUCUCAUUGCUGAAAUAAGAGGCCAUAGCACCGAGAAGCAGCAGGGGCGCCGGCGGAGGCUUCUCCCAGCCCAAGGGUGGCAGUGUGCUACGCGCCUGCCAGCCUCUUAAAGCCAUCCCCCAGCCGUCUCGAGCUCCCCAGCGACACCGCCAUCGUCUCGACCAGCCAGCUCCUCAUCCGUAUCCCUGGGGAUUUCUUUUCAUUUCAAGAACAGCCUUAAUCAUUCCGGUUUGAUUUAUGUGUAUACCUCAUAAACAUCUUUCUUUCUCUCUCUUUCCCUUUCUCUUUUUUCUUUGCUCAACCCCUUUGCCUCUCCCCUCCACCACCACCUGUGACCGAUGGUUUGGUUUCCUCUCUGCUCUGCCCCUGCUCAGCACAUGGAGAAUGUUGACUAAGAAGCAAUAGGGGGCAACAGGCCACCAAGAGCACAACCCCAGGGCGAGGCCUAGGGAGGCCCCUCAGCCCGCCUCUGUUUACUGUGCAAUUCCAGUCCUUCUUAAGCCAUCACCAGUGGGUGUGCUCAGAGCAGAGGGGCCAGGGCUUCUGCCAGCUGGGGGAAAGGCCCAGCGCCCUGUGGGGGGCAGUGUGACACCAUCUGUCUACCUGGUGGACGGGGCGGCAUUCCUCCCCACAGCCCUUCUCUGAGGGGCCUCCCUUCAUCUUGGGCACACCCACAAGUCUCAUCUUUAACUUUCUAUGCAAUGAAAUAUAAACCCUCAAAGACAACUGUUAAUAUUUAAUAAAUUCCAUGUUAUGUAUAAGGAGUUAAUUGCAAACAUGUGACUGAGAAACUGGAUAGAUAUGCUCAUAUCACCGCCCCAGCCCUGCUCCUGUGUGUGUGCGCGUGUGACAUCUGUCUGUGGCAUGUUUGACCUGUGGCAGGACUCGCUGCUGCCGGGCGAGUCACCGCCUGUCCCGCAGUGGAGCAUGCACGGCUCACAGCCUCUCUGCACGAUUUCAUCCAUUUUAAAUGCUCAACCCUUUUGCUCGGAGUUCUUUUGCCUCUGCACCUCUCCUUCAGGAACACCUUUAGUGACUUCUGCGCAAGCUGGUGAGGACCUGCCAGAAUUGUUGCCUGAGUGCGCCAGGCUGCAGGGCGGGCGAGACAAAGUCCUACGUACCCUGCAGUUUCCUUCGUUCAGGAUAGCAAGUGAGACAGGACACCCUGGAGUAGACACAAUGGUAGGCGCCCGUGCAGGGUGCAUGUGUGUGAAAGCUGUGAAGGUUUGCCGUAUGAUUUAUGUCUGUACUCAUUUCCCCUCCUCCUCCAGCCCUCAACCAGAGCCUCGGGUACCCUUCCCAGUGGGGUACUGCUUAGAGACAGAGCCAAGCUGCAUUCCUGAAAGAGAGGCAGAGGCCAAGGGUGGAGUCAGGCUAUGCCCUAGGGACCCCAGACCCUGGCCAAACCUACUCCAUCCCUCUCCUUUGUGGUCAAGAGGCUCAAAGACUCUGUCAAGAGAUCUGGGCUGGAACCAGGGGAUGAAAAGCCUUUUGGGAAGAGCUGGGCUUUUGGCACUUCUCUUUGACUGACAGUAGCAUCUGGAGCAGCUGAACUGUUCACAUAAACAGUGGCUUUAAGCUGAGCUUCUUGUGAAGCUUCUUGGUAGCAAGAAUGUACCAAGGUUCUGUGUGGCCCUUUUGUCAUCUAUCCCUGGGACUUCCUUCUCUACUUGAGUACCCAGUCACCAGCUUCUCCACUGCUGGGCCAGGAGUGGGGCAGGCAGUAGCUGCCAGUCCCUCAAGACCAGACCUUCCUCCAGAGUGCUCUGGUUUGCACCGUGCAUUUCUCAGGGGCCCACAUUUCUCACGCUUUUCUCUAAGGAUUAUACACCCCUUAAGAAAGGGGUCCUGGCCCACCUCAGGCAGCUGUAGAUAAGACAGAAAGCUGCCAACCUCCACGCUGGACCUGGCCACCUGGGAUUUGGCCUCCCCUGUUCCAUGAGACAGCUGCCUCGUCUCCAAAGAUCAGGCCUGGGCCCUAUGAGGCCUUCUGAGCAAGGGAGGCUAUCAUCUAGUUCCUCUGGCCACCCAAGGUCUGUGUAGGAUGCCCUAGCUGGGUAUUUGCAGAGCAAGGCAGUAACCCUUUCCACUGAUGGCCAGGGGAUGGCCCUGGGAGCAGAAUGUAGGCAGGGAGAUGCCAAUAGUUCAGCCUCUAGCAGGCUCCAUCUCCGGCUUUCAAGUAUUGGCUUUUCCGCAGAUUUCCUUUCUGGCCAAACCCUCUGAGUUUAAGACGCCUGACAUCUGCCACUUCCCAUCCCCGACUGAACCCACAGGACAAAUCAUUGCCCCUCUGUGAAGACUGCGAAGGCCUCUGGAUUGUGGCAGUCCUGGCCCCUAUGUGGCUGUAGCUGUGACUCCAGGGGCCACGCAGCCAGAGGCUGGGGGAUUAGGAUUCGGUGCUUGGGAAGUAGGGAGCAAUAUGCACUUUCCAAAUGGACUAGAGGUCCCCAGGAUGCAGUGUAGGCCUUCUCUGGUUCCCCCUCAGGAGCCUCUCCUCUCCCCACUGGGGGGCCCAGGCACUCAUCUCACUGUGGCGGCCCUUCCCUGACCACCAUUCUCUCAGGCCUCCGGCAGAGCAUGUGAUCUCAGGGCCUGCACCGAACAAGCAGAAGCGGCAGCAACUCUGGAGCCUGUGGGGAUUUUCCAGGACAGUGCAGUCUCGCCCCAUUAGACCCUCCUCUGCUCCCUUCCCCCAUCCAUGCUGUAAAUACUUGUUAUCAUGGACUAAGACAGGAUCAAAGGGACAGGCCUAAUCAACUGAAACUCCUUGGAGAUGCCAUCUGUCUCCCUGGAUGCCAGUGCCCUCUGCCUCGUGCACUGGGGUGGUACUAGAGAGCCAUGGAAGUCAUGAGAUACUGUGUGGGUGCAUGUGAACGUGCGUGUGUGCGUGUGUCUGCCUCAUUCAGCCUUGGGGUCAAAUCAGCUCCUUCUCCAAGUACCGUAGCCUGGAGAGUGGUGGCCACCAACACCUCUUCCUCUAGCUGCCCUGUCUUGAUUUUGCUUUUCCUCCUCCCACUCUCCCUUUCUUUUCUUUUUUUCCUUCUCUCCUUAUUUGAGGGGGGAAGAGUGCUGUACAGUCAAACAAGUUUACAGUUGUAAGUGCAAUGACCCGAGUCCUCCACAUGACCUUGUGAAUUGUGUGCCGUCCUCCCGUGCUCUGUGAGAACUCGUGGUACUUCAGUGUCCCUCCCCCUCCUGUAUUGUGACAAGGUAAUUCUGUGGCAUCAGAAUAAAAAGACUUGAUAUAAAUAACCUA